AUGCAUAAAAAGCGAAAAGCGCCGGCACCACAGCAUUCAGAUAGACAGCCCAAAAGGCCUUGUAGACAGCGGAAUUCUGCUGUUCUGGAUCCUGUAAACAUUGACCAGGAGUGGGGUCAAGCAUUUAUACAGACUGUCAAAGGCUCUUCCAUACACUACUGGAUACAGAAUAAUCAGUGGCCCAAAAAGCUCUUCAACAGUGUCCUUGGGUAUGUUCUGAUUUCGCCACCAGAAAGCUCGGAGCCUACAGAAGAAUAUGAAGACGAAAAUAAGGACGAGAAUGAAAAGAGCAACGAGAAUCGUAUUGGAGCCUAUGUCGUGGACGCUGGCAGCAAAGAUAAGACGGACGAUGCUGACCGCAGCCUUGCGACAAAUUUCUAUCGCGAUGAUAAAUCCUUUGAUGCCUCUCCUCCCGUUAAAAACCCUUUUGAUGAAGCAUUGAAGAAGCUUCAGACCCGGCAACCAUGGGAAGAAGCCUACAACGCUAUUCAAGAAAGCCAUCCGGGUUUAAUCAAUGCGUACACUCGGGCUUUACUUGAAAGUGGUGGUCAUACAGGAGAUAAGGCCCUGGACCGAAUUCAAGAGGUGCAAGCACUUGCUCAGGAACAACUUGAAGUGUGGCAGUCGGAGCAAUUUCGCUUGUCAUUCAAUGGGAAAGACGUCAUUGUUGGAGAAUUGGCGAGAAAGGUUGUCGGGGUUGUGCUCUCUGUUAAAGAUGUGGUCUCAUCCGCCAUUUCAGCUGAUCCCCAUGCUGCGUUGGCCUGGGCCGGCGUUAUGGUGGCUCUCCCAGUGCUUGCAAACAUCUUAAAGCAGGACUCGGAUGCCAUGAGUGGAUUGGAUGCCAUUUCUGCUCUGCUAGUGCGCUAUCGCUAUGUGGAGGAAGACAAGUACUACAGAGCCGCCAUGACCUCAGCGACCUCGGUUGACAAGGUGAAUCUUCUUUUGCUCAUCCAAGACAAAUUCGUCGAUAUGUAUUCCCAGAUAUAUGUCUACCAGCUCCGCCUCAUAAAGCAUUUCCAACACCAUAGAGCCGCUAGAUAUUUCGAAAACCUGAAGGACAGUCUCGGAGACGAAAACUGGAGUACAAGCCUGAAUAAGCUACAGACAACGAGGGAUAGUCUCGAUCGCGACCUGGAAUCUGUCACAAACGGUAUGAUCUUUGAGAUUGGGAGCAAAGUCGAUAAUUUUUCGAAAAUGGUCGAGGACCUCAAGAAGGAGUUGAGAAACCAGACUCGUCUGAUGUCAGAGCAGAGAGAUCGAAUAUUGAGGGCAUUUAAGUACUCUACCAUGGCCCCAUUUGAUUCAUUCAAAAACGCUGAAGAGCCAAGGUGUCUCAAAGACACCCAAGUGGAGACGUUGGACAUGCUUCAGAACUGGUGCAAGGGCGAUGGAAAUCCAGUGCUCUGGCUUCAUGGGAUGGCUGGAACGGGCAAGUCAACAAUUGCUCGGACUAUUGCAUGGGCGCUUCAGGACAGACAGAGGCCAGAUGGUAGCCCUGUUGAUAUCAAUAUCAGACUGGGGGGAAGCAUCUUUUUCAAUCAAUUUGAGCCGGAACGCAACAACAGCCAGUACCUUUUCCCAACCCUGACCCAGUGCUUGGCAGAGUCCUUGCCGGACAUUAGGCAGUACAUUGUUGAUGCCAUUGAUCAAGAUGCGCGCAUCGAAGAGAAAGGACUUCGGGUACAAUGGGCUAGUCUCAUUUCUGGGCCACUGCAUAAGCUUACCAGUUCUUCACAAGCUCACUGGCGCUUCAUUAUGAUUGUUGAUAGCCUUGAUGAGUGUGGGGACCAAGACAAAGUUGCCACUGUGUUGAAACUGUUGGCCUCCCUAAGAGAUUUGCCAUCGGUUCGAUUUCUAAUCACCAGUCGCCCAGAAGCCCACAUUCGAUUUGCUUUUGAGAGCCUGCCACCCAGACUGUACCAUUCUCAGCCACUUCAUAAAAUCUCACCUAAGAGUGAUGACAUCACUCGCUUUCUUGAAGCAGACUUAAAAAGAAUUUGGGAAAAUUACAAAUCCGCGAUACCAGAGGGCUGGCCAGGCCAAGAGAACAUCGAAAAGCUGAAGGAGAAGUCAGAUGGACUUUUUGUAUAUGCUUCGACGUGUUGUCGGUUUUUGGAAGAUCCAUACCAUUAUUCUUCUCGACUGGAUCAAAUUCUUAAAGACGAUAGCGAAGCCGAAACCCCACAGGCGAAGUUGGACAACAUUUAUAUCAGGGUCAUAAAGCUGUCUCUGAAUGCGAGAACCAAAAAGGAGCGGGAAGUGAUGAUCGAAGACUUCCGACUGAUUGUUGGGACAAUCAUGGUAAUAUUCAAGCCAGCCUCAGCUUCCACUUUAGAAGCACUUUUGUUCUCUUCAUCCUCGAAGGAUAAGCGUAUCCAAAGAUGCGUUGAGCCUCUCAGAUCUCUUUUAGAUGUUCGGGCAGCAAAUGAUCCAAUCCGUCCAGUUCAUCUUUCUUUGCGUGACCUUUUGUUGAGCCGUGAGCGCUGCAAAAGCACCCCAGAGCUUUACAUCAAUUCUCAACAGCUGCAUUUGAUCUUGUUUGAAAGAUGUAUGGAAACAAUGAAGAGCCUCAAGCAAAAUCUUUGUGACUUCGUGCUUCCUGGAUCAUCGCCAUCAGAUGUUCCCUCGGAAAGACUGGAAACUUUCCUACCAGCUGCAUUGAGUUACGCAUGUCGCUAUUGGAUUAAUCAUCUAAUGCAGCUGGGCAGUGAUGAGCAAAGCAAGUUGCUAAAUGAUAAUGGGGGCGUUAUUGAAUGCUUUCUUCGAAAAAAGCUUCUCUUCUGGUUCGAAGCCUUGAGCCUCAUGGGUGAGCUUGAAGUUGGUGUUUUCCAACUCAGUGCUCUCCAGGACCUUGCUAGAGACUCUCAUCACUUCCCGCUUGUCAGAGAUGCGAGAAGGUUCCUACUUCACAAUAGGCACAUCAUUGAGCAAGCGCCUUUGCAGGUCUAUUCAUCUGCCCUGGUAUUCUGUCCAAUUAAAAGUCCCAUCAAAGAGAUUUAUUCACAUCUCAUACCAUCAUGGAUAAAACAGCAACCUGUUAUGGACGAUGACUGGUCUCGGGAGCUCUUUGCCAUUGAAACCGAAAUGAGAAACACUGGCAAUAUUGUAUUUUCCCCAGAUGGAAAGACAGGUGCUUCUUCAUUUCUUAAUCGGGAUGGAAAAUAUUAUCUCAAGCUGUGGAACGCUCAAACAGGGAAGGUGAAGUAUCAAACAAAAGUAGGGGGAAACUUUGGUGUUGAAUUCUCCCGAGAUGGAAGUCUAAUAGCGCAUGGGACUGAGGACGGAAGAGUCAGUCUGUGGAAUCUUGAGACCGAUGAAGAGUACUUUUUGGGUGAAGUGGGUAAAGACAAAAUCCGUCGUAUUGCAGUCUCUCCAGUUAGCGACUCUCUCAUAUUUUCCAGGGCAGAUCAUUCUGUUGAAGUGUGGAACUAUGGCCAUUGCCAACAGAUUUAUGCACCUUUUACUCAAUUUCGGGAUAAUUACGAUAGCCUCGACACAUGUGUGGUUGGAUUCUUGUUCAAUGAUGAGGCUGUGGUGCUCUAUUCAGGUUUUUAUAGACGUACUUGGGAGAUCUACUUGCUUAGUGAAGCGGGCACAGAACUUGAGUGUAUUGUAGAGGGUGAGGCGCCUGGAGGCUCGAUAACUAACUUAUCCGUUUCGAGGAAUGGGCACCGAGUUCUCAUAUCAAAUCGGCAUACGGUGGAAAUAUGGGAUGCCAGAACAGGACGACUGAGUCCCAAGAUGAUUGCUUGUGGCGAACUUAAACAGCCCACAAUCCUCGGGUGUUUUGCAACGGCGUUAUCUUCCGACGGCCGCUUCUUCGCAACUUCCGCGCAAGACAAUACUGUUCGCGUCUGGAAUUCAGUUACUCACACCCAGAUCCUAUCUUUUUCAUGUGACUAUAGGAAAGCUGGCAGAAUUGCGCUUUCCCACAAUGGAUCACUGUUGGCAUCAGUCUCAGACAAUGGUGUAGUUCGUCUAUGGGACAUUGCAGUUGAUCGCCCCCACACUGAGAUUGUCCCUGAAGUGAGAAUGACUUUCCCCUUUGGAAUUGACGUUAUCGCGAACACUCGAGAUAACACCACAACUUUGCGAAAACGAGACACUGGUCGUUGUCGAUAUUACACCGGAGACUUCAACUCUAUCGAGUUCCUUUUGCAGGGGAAAUUGAUCGCACUGACACUGACGUUGAGUUGGUUUCCAGAGUUUCCCAUUGAGAAGACCAAUAUUGUAUCAUCCCCUAGCGGUGAGCAGUUUGCUAUUUCACACGCGAACCACGUAUGGAUAUUGGACGCAGGAAUGUCAGAAGAAUUAUCUAUUCUUCUACCAGGGGAAAUCCAUGGUCUUCAGUUCUCACCAAACAGUCAAUUUAUCGGUAUGAUCAUCUGCCGCGGCGUUGAGAUAUGGGACCUGAAAAACAAAAAGAGGGUCAUCCUGCGUACAGAACUCCCGGUAACGCCGGUCAUAGCCUUCUCACCGAAGUCUGAUGCAGUUGCCCUGUUGGCUCAAGGUCACCGUUGGGAUCCACGCUGCUGUUUCCUUGAGGUUUGGCAAAUAAGUGGGCAUCCUUCUCAGCAAGUGAAAGAUAAUUUCCGUCUUUCGAAGGAUCUAAAGUGGUCUGGGUCGAUGAUCUAUUCUGCAGAUGGUAAUUAUAUCGUUACUAUGCAGAGGCUGCAGCGUUCUGACACUGCCUCGCAUAAGUUGUUCCACUAUGCUCUUGUUCUGGUUACGUACAAUCUAGCAACAGGACUGAUUGAGAACAUACCAUGUGCGGCAGGAGAUUAUUUUCCUCACGGUCCAAUGGCAGCCUGGUCAAAUUUAAUUGCUAUAGCACCAAGUUCACAAGUCGAGAAGCUCAUUAUUCUCAUCAUAAAUUGCAACACUGGAGAACGAAUUUGCACAUUUGACACUUCAAUGUUCCAUAACGGCUUGAUUCUCAACGGAUUGUCAUUCUCAAGCGAUGGUCAGUAUCUCAAUCUCAAUCGAGGGCAAGUUCUCAUCCCGGUCGAUAAUCGUUCCCCAACGACUGAAAUGUAUUGUCCAUCCAGUUUGUGGAUUGGAGAAGAGUGGAUCUUCCAAAGAGGGCAAAAAUUGCUUUGGAUCCCUCCUGCCUUCCGGAACUAUCACAUGAGUGUGCAAAACGAAGCAAUUUGGAUUUAUCCCAAGCCUUGGGAGGGUGGGUCUAUUGUCUUCUUCGAACUCGAUCUUGGAAAGACCCCUUUCGCUGCCGAGGUGCCACCUGAAGGAGAAUGGUUUCGCUAUGAUGAGCAAGAGAGGGUGAUGUAUCUUCACUAG